GAGCGCCGGGAGCCAGCGGCUCUGGCUCCGGCUGGGGCUGGGGCUCCAGCUCGGGCCCUGCACCUGCGAGUCGGUGGCGCUGCUUCUCCGCUGCCCCUCCGCUACCCCUCCGCUGCCCCAUGGCCCCGUCUCGGCGAAAGCUCGGCCUCCGCGCCGCCUACUCUGGCAUCUGCUCGGUGUCCGGCUUCUUCAUCUUCUUCGUCUGGACCAUGGUCUACCAGCAGCCGGGGACUGCGGCAAUGGGGGGUCUCGCAGGUGUCCUGGCGCUGUGGGUCUUGGUGACGCACGUGAUGUACAUGCAGGAUUACUGGAGGACCUGGCUCAAAGGGCUGCGUGGCUUCUUCUUCGUGGGUGUUCUCUUCUCAGUGGUGUCCAUCUCCGCCUUCUGCACCUUCCUGACACUGGCCAUCACGCAGCAUCAGAGUUUCAAAGACCCGACUAGCUACUACCUCUCCUGCGUCUGGAGCUUCAUCUCCUUCAAGUGGGCCUUCCUACUAAGCCUCUAUGCCCACCGCUACCGCGCCGACUUUGCCGACAUCAGCAUCCUCAGUGACUUCUGACCUAGAGAAUGAGGUCACUACAGCCUGGAGGGCCCUCGGGAUCUGUCACGGCGGCAUGAGCCUGUCCCAAUCCCUGGGGACUCCAGAAUCUUGGCAGAAUAUAUACAGCAGGGCCAGUUCAGUUUCCUAGAAAGCUGUCUGGUCCCCUUUUGGGGGA